AUGUGCCGUGACGCCGACUCAUGUUUGUUCGUGCUGUGCCGUACUGUGUUCUUGCUGUGUCCCACUGCACCCUCAUCACUCGCCGACGUGUUUGCAUUGUAUGCUCAGCUGCUACGGAAGUGGGACAGUCAUGACCAUGUUAAGCACCGUGGCGGCACAUACACUGACGCCUCCGAUUUCAUAUCGCAUCUCAACACGGACGGCAUCGACGGCCUCUUCCCACUGUGGACAGAGCUCCAUGGUAGCUACGAAAAUCACAAGCUCACCCGUGCCAUCGCAUCGCUCGCCGGCCAUGAUCACAAAAUCCAUGAUGCGCUGUCGAGCCUCUCGCAUGAGUCCACUUGCAAGUCAUCCCGUGGAUGCGCUCCCUACCUCCAACCCCUAGGACUCCACGCCCAUCACACCUACCCGCAGAAGCACGCCGGGCUAUACAUCACGUGGAUACUGCACCUGGCAUGGAAGUUCUGGGAGUUGCUAUGUGAAUUACUACACGCCCUGGACAACAUCGACUGCAUGGCGUCUGGCUGUGCCACAUGCCCGUGCCAACCCGGCACCCACGGUGGGAAGGAUGCCUGCCACUGCCCAUCUCUCGUCCAGUGCGCCGGGUCACUGCCCACCCUCUACCGCUACGGAUUCACGCAUCGCAACGCAAAUCUCCUAAUUACUGACAACUAUGCCACUCGCUGCGGAGAUCUCAACGCACAACUCAGACAGACACUGCGCUCCGACCACUUCACCGCAUUGUUUCAUCAAAUCGACCAACUCAUGUGGCACAUACGGAUGCCGUUCCUAUACAGCUUCACCGCACUGUGGGCAGUUGUGGCGCUGUACAUAGUCCACACUUUCCUCUACCGCAUGGACAUCUUACGCAUCAGGUCACAUCUCCUGACCAACAGGGUAUCACAUCUCAUCGACGUCAAGACGCUACUCAUCCCGAGCAGAAAAAUGCUAACUGUACGACGCCAAUUACUUUGA